GUCGCUCCACGUGACUCAACCUGCGUCAGGGAUUUUAAUUUCCUGAUGAGUUUAAAGACCAUCCAGAUGUUACGUAACCGGUGUUUGAUUACCGCGGGACAUUUGGACACGCCUCGACUCGGGAUCUGAGAAGAUUUUAAUGUCUUUCUUAAGCUGAGCAGGAAGCAACAGGCCGACUGGUGAGACUUCCAAGGGAGAAAUGGACUCCAACAGAACCACAGUGCUGAGAGAAGGGUUCCUGGUCAAACGGGGUCACCUGGUCCACAACUGGAAGGCUCGGUGGUUUGUGUUGAUGCCUGACAAGCUGCUUUAUUAUAAAUAUGAAGGAGGGAAACGGGAUUCAUGUCAGCGAGGAAAGGUCAUGCUGAAGGACUGCGAGGUCACGUGUCCUUAUUUGGAGUAUGAGAGUCGACCCCUGGUGUUCAAGGUGAAGACCAAAAGCUGUGUGGAGCAUUUUCUGGAAGCCUGCUCCCGGGAGGAGCGCGAUGACUGGGCCGCUGACAUCACCGCCGCUGUAGACAGACUCCGCUCUGCUCGUCAUGCUGACACGCCGAUCAAUCACCACGAGGCAAAGUUGCACAACAUCGACCUGACGAAAGUUCUGGACUCCAUGUACGACGUCCACAGUGGGAUCAACAUGUGUAACCACGUGGAGCAGGGCUGCACCUACAGCAACUGUUUCUCAGGGUCGGCUGUGGUGGACUGGCUGGUCUUCAUGAACUUGGCUCUGAAUCGGGCGGAAGCAGUGACUCUCGCCUCGGCUCUGCUGGAGGAGGGCUUCCUCAGAACCGUCGGCCAUCGCAGCGUGGAGGCGCUUCGGACCGCCGGGCUCAGCGAGCUGUUUGUGGACGACUCGACGGCACUUUACAGCUUUUCUGACAGUCUAAAGAAGAGAGGGAGCGUGAAGGUGGAGACGUCCCUGUCAGCCGUGGAGCUGAGUGGAAGUGUGGUCAAAAGAGGUUUUCUGAUGAAACAGGGACACCGGAGGAAGAACUGGAAGGUGCGCCUGUUUGUGCUGCGCUCGGAACCUGCUUUCCUUCACUACUAUGACCCCACAAAGGAUGACGUCAGCCCUGUAGGAGGCUUCUCCCUGCAUGGUUGUCUGGUGUCAUCACUGGAAGACAACGGCGUUCCGUCAGGGGUUAAAGGCAACAUUCAGGGAAACCUGUUCAAAAUCAUCACCCACACAAACACACACUAUUUCAUCCAAGCUCCAACUCUGCAGGAAAAGAUGGACUGGAUUGACGCAAUAAAAGAGCAGACAUAAAUCACAGCUGAACCAAGUGUCAACUACUGAUGAGUAUUCACAUUUAAUGGUUCUAUUGUAGCAGUUAAAACAUGGCUAAAGUUAAAUUAAAUAUAAUCUUUUUUUACACCUUGUGUCAUUUUUUCUUUGUCAGGUUUUGAGUAACAGAAAAGUUUGGAAGAAAAAGAAAUUACAAAUAAUAAAAUGUUCUAAUGUACUAAAAUAGAGUUAAAUUCACCAAAAUGACGUUGUGAAAGCGCAGUAAAAUAAAUAAUAGGGGUUAUUUUUGUCCUGUUGGACGCGCCAUAGGUAAAGCAUUACGUCACCAAGUAGGUCACGGAGAACUGUCGCUGCUCUAUCUGGCAAAACCGCUAUAACCAAAAUUAAAACUUUGAUGGAUUUCGUUCCGUACUUUUCUUUAUUCCAUCAUUAAAAUUAACUGAACACGGAUUAUUUCAACCACGUAACAGCUAAACCUGAAAGGACAGAAGGAAGAAGAGUAGUAUAUGAAAUAAUCCACUGUGGAAACUUCAUAAUGAAUUCAGAGUUAUACAACUUAUUUGCUUGCUGCGGUUUGUUUCCAUUGGUUAUGACGUCACUUCCUGUAUCAUGAUUUAUUGAAAACCGCAAACCAUCAGGAGAAAAAUGUUUAUUGUGAGGAAAUCAAGGCAAAAAUGACAUAAAAAAGAGCUAGAAAGGAAUGGACGCGCUUAAUGAACAAAAUAUGUAUUUUCAUCUUUCCAUCUGUUGACAUCCCCUUUACAUACUCCUGUAACAUUUUUAUUUUCACCUCUUUUUAUCCAUCUUGGGCUGACGCAGCAGCAAUGAGGUAUUUCCAAGUACUUUCUGACAUGUUUUGCUAAACGUUUUAUCGUCAAUUCUGUCUAAAAUGACCACGCAGUCAUACAUUACGUUGCACAAAUCUGACAAAACUAGAUUGCUUUUGUAAACUUUAUUCAAGUUACUAUGUAAGUACCUAUUUCAUAUUUUGUUUACUAAGGAUUGAAAGGGGAAAGUGGACGUUUUUUUUCUUCAGUCAUGAUAUUAAAUCAAGUACGUGAACAAAGCAUGUCUAAAAGAAGGUUGAGAUCAACACUUUGAGCACCAACUUGUAUUUCAUUUCAUCAAUGUUCCUUGCUGACAAAGAACUAGAAAAAAAAAUAGAAUGAUUUUAAAAUCAAAAAGAACUGUGAGGAGAACAUGCUCUAACUUGGGCCACGAUUCCGUCUUUCAAAUCUGGUCAGCCGACUCAUAACAUAAGUGCUUUCAAAGGUUUACUUUUAUUGUUAAGGACAGUACUUUAAAUUAGAGCAGAAACACAGAUGCAACACUUAAGUGGAGUGGCACAUUGUGUUUGUCCAAAAAUAUUGCAGCUUUGACUUCAAUUCACAUUCUUCUUUUACUGACUGUCGUAUUCAGUCAAAAACUUCAAGUCCUCAAGCAGGUAAUCAAGUGAAGGCACUUAUCACGUGAUUACUUUGUUACAUUGUUUGAUACUAGGAACACAACACCGUCGCCGCCAGGGCAGCUGUUCACCCAGGAACUGCUCUUCUGUCACCGCCGUCGUGAGUUUAGGCCACCUUGGUGAGCUCCAGGUCUCCAAACACGCGCAGAGCAGUGAGGGAGGCCAGAGGAAAGAGUCUAUGC